AUGGAUGAUGUUCACUCUGACAAUGAUGUAAGUCUUUCGCCAUCACAAAUAUUGGAGCGAUUACAAGUGUUGCGACAGUUACAAUUAAUGCAGCGCGGGAAGUUGCAAAAACAACGAUUACAGUGCAAAGAAUCUUCUGAGUCUUCCUCGAGUUUUACCGAAAUUGUCAGUCACUUUAGCAACAGCACUAGCUAUAACACCUUUCGCAGUCUACUACAAUCUUCGAGUGAUAUUUCUGUUGAAGGUACUUCUCGACUAAACACUAAUGAUUCACAAAAGGUUCAAGAACGCGACCUAAUCGAAGGCGUAUCCGUUUUGAAUCUGUCUCAGGAAUCUGAAUUCAUUGUAAGUUCUCCUUUAUCAAGCAGAAGCCGAGCCUCUGUAGCUUCCAAAGGUUUAGAAUCUUCAAGGGAAUACGAAAAAAUACCAGUAAGAGAUUCGUCACCAAAAGGCACUCCAAGAAAAUCAACUAUUUCCCCUGUGAUUGGUAAGUCUAGUAAUGGAAUAUCGAAAAAACAAAUAUCACUUGAAGACAUGCCUAUUUUAUCACCAAAAAAAGAUUUUGAGUCUCUUUUGGUUGAAAAACUGCAAACAGAAAAUAGUGUUUCAAAAUCUACAAUUUCGACAGUGAAAAGUACAUUGCCUGAAAGAAGUAAAAAGCCUUUUUUAAAGAGAGGUGAGGGUAUUGCUCGAUUUGGUCUCAAAAAUAAUGCUUUAGUUAUACAAAGUACAAAGUCUUUGCCAUGGAAAAGAAAAAGUGUCCAAAAUAAAUCUUUUGAAUCACCUCUGAAACAAAACAUAAAAGAACUAAGGCAUAAAUUACAACAUAACCCAUCUGACUUAAUAGAUCAAUUACUAGUACCGGAAGUAAAAGUUGAUACUUUAACUAGGAAACAUAAAGAAAAACAAAAUAUUAAUAAAACUGAAAAGGUCUCUUGUCAAGAAAGUAGUCAAUCAAAUAUAUGUGAGAAAUUGCAAACAGUAUCUAAUUCUGAAAAUAAAAGCAAUGAAAACGGACCUACCACCUCUAAAAUACAGCCUUUAAAAGCAGUACAAAAAAUCGAAUUUUCUAAAAACACACAUCCACAACUUAAUAAAAAUGGCAAAACAUGGGCUGCAGUAUUGACCAAAGAACAAAAUGACUUUUUAAUGCAAUUAAAACAAAGUGACUAUUAUAAAAAUUUUUCUUCCCCAACAAAAAGUGAAGUGUCUGAUGCAAGUUGUAAUGACACAAUGAUGAGACUGCGACAAGAAAGAGAGUCUGCUGAACAACAUAUGUUUGAACUUCUUGAAAACAAAGUAAAUAAUGAAAGUUUCAAUUUGGAGAAUUCAUUCUUCAAUCGGUUUUUGAGAAGGAAUAAUUUGGAAUAUUCUGGUGAGAGCACUCCAUUAGUUAUGCAUAAAUGUCUAUCAGAAAAUCCGAACUUAAUGCACGUACUAUCAGGCUUGACAGCAAAGAAAAGGAAUGAAAACUCUCAUAGUGAUGCUGAAACCUGCUGUAGCACCUGUACAGAUAGUUGUAGUGAUGCUGGCUCAUCUGUAUCAUGUUGUUCUUGUAAAACAGUAGAACGAACUACAAAUUCUACUCUAAACUUCACUGAAGGUCCAGAGAGAAAGAAAAAAGUUUCUGAAUUUAAGAACAACAAAAGACAAGUAAAUCAAAAGGAGGUUGAUAACAAAACUGAUGCAAAUGUCACUAUGAAAGAAACUGAUGUCAUGAAAGCAGAGAUGGCAGAAAUGAAUGCCAAGUUAAUAGCUACAAGUGAACUGUUAAAAGAAAGGCUGUCUGAAUUAGAAGAUGAAAUAGAAACAUUUCGGAAGGAAAAUGCAAAUUUAGCUAAAUUACGUGAAGAAAUUGAUCUAGAUAGACAAAAGUUUUAUGAAGAGAAAUCUGCUUUUGAACAGAAACUAAAUGAAGAAAAAGUAUUAUCUGAGUAUUAUUUAGCUGAAGAAAAAGAGAAAUUGUUAAAACAAAAACAAAUGUAUGAUAGAUAUGUAAAAGAAAUGAGAGGAAGACUCAAUAAAAAAGAUAAAGAUGAGGUUAUCAACCUGAAAAAGGAAAUAAAUGAUCUAAAAGAAGAAAUAAGAAUAAAAGAUGCAAAGUCAACAUCAACAAUAGCUAGACUACGUAAUCAAAUUAAAAUUAUGGAAAAGGAAAAAAAAGACUUACAAGAUGAAGUAGAAAAAUUAAAAAAGCUGAACAAGCGUAUUCAACAUAGUAAUGAAGUUACACGAAGACUGACAAAUAUUAAGUAUCUUGAAGAAAUAAACAAGAAACUUAACAACAUGGCUUCUAAAGAUACUAGAUCUGAAGUAAAUGUGGAUCCUAACAUAAAGUAUAAAGCUUAUGAAAUUGAAAGACAGAGCAGAAUCAGAAAGGUUGAGCCCGUAACUAGAGAAACAAUUAGACCAUUGAAAAGAGCAAAAAGUGUUCCAAAUCUUAAUGUUACUUCUAGAUAUGCUAAAUAUUUCAGCCAAAGAGAUACAGCCAGUCAAAUUAAUCAGAACAAACUCUUGGACAUUGAAAAUUACCUUGAAUCCGAUGACGACAAAUUAGAUGUUGAUGACGAAAUUGCAUCUCAUGAUUCUAAUAAAGAAGAUACUGCCACAAAUGAUGAAGAUAAUUAUUUAGAAAAAAUGUACUUGGAGCGAUUCAAAUCCAACUCUCCUAAAAGUAAUAGAUCUAGUUGUUCUAGUUCUAAUUAUGAUCACAUCUUAACAGACAAACCACAACUAAGUGAUAAUAUGAAAGACUUUUUUAUUCCAAAGCCCAAGUCAAACUCACUAAGGAAAUCUAAAUCGCCGAGAACAAAAUCUCCUAGUUAUAACAGUAGUCAAAACCAAUCUAAGUCUCCAGUAUCUAUUACUAUGAGUAAAUCACCAAAUUUUGAAAGCAAUUCUAAUAAUACUUAUGAUUGGAAUCAAUCCCAAAAGAAUUCAAAAUCGCCAAAUUCCACAUUUAAUCACUCUUCACUUAGAUCUGCUACUGUAAUUCAUAAUAGCCAAUAUGGAAAUGCACAAAUGGCUGUUAGUCCAGAACCUAUUGUUAGUAGAACUAGUUUAACUAAAACCACUAUGAAUCCAACAGAAUAUAAAAAGAGUGAUGGUUCUACAGAGCUCAGAUUUCCAAAUGGCAAUGUAAAAUACAUAUCAGCAGAUGGAAAACAUAGCAAGUUUAUGUAUUACAAUGGAGAUGUUAAAGAGAACUUUUAUAAUGAGGGUAGAAUAAAAUAUUUCUAUGCAGAGACAAAAACAUACCAUACUACUCAUGCUGAUGGAUUAGAAGUACUGGAAUUUCCUGAUGGUCAAGUAGAGAAACGCUACAAGGAUGGUUCAUCAGAGAUCCGCCUUCCGAAUGGUAGCAUCCGGUAUUUCGACCCUAAGAACGAGCAUGUCCGAGAAGAGUGGCGGUUCCCCGAUGGCGCUGCGCUCACUGUUUCGGCUAACGGGGAGCGACGCAUUGUCUUUAGUAAUGGACAAAUCGAGGUGCACGCUAAAGAUCACAAGCGUCGAGAGUUUCCCGACGGCACGGUGAAAUUGGUUUACAACGACGGUACGUCUGAAACUCGGUACGCGUCGGGGCGCGUGCGCAUUAAGGACAAGCACGGCAGUCUCAUCAUGGAUUCUGCACCCGGCUGA